AUGGCGUCGUCCGACGACGCCGUCUUAGACCCCGCGAGGUGCACCGCGGGGGGCAAAGGCAUCGGCGGCGGCACCGCGCUCGCGCCGGUGAAGUUCACCGUCUACGCCUCCGAUUCCAAAGGGACGAAGAUCCGUCGAGGCGGCGCGAGGGUGAACGUCAGCGUCGUCCGAAGCGGCCUCGGCGGCGGCGAGGUCGUCGCCGCGGAGGUCGACGACCACGGCGACGGGACGUACACGUGCACCUACGCGGUCCCCUCGCGCGGGGAUUACAGCGUCAGCGUCGGGAUCGGCGAGGAGAACGCGCCGAUCAGCGGAUCGCCCUUCCCCGUGUUCUUCGCCGCCGCGCCCGCGGCGCCGGCGGCGCCGGGGGUCCUCCCGGGCGCGCCGGGGGUCCUCCCCCCCGGGAUGCUCCCUCCCGGCGUGAUCCCGCCCGGCCCGCCGGAGAGAGACGGCGCGCCCGGCGCGGUGGGGGUCGCGCCCGGAGCCGCGGCGACGGCUCCGGCGAUCGCUCCUGAAGUAGCCGCGGAGCUCCAGAAGACGCUGCACGUCGGCAACCUCGCCCCCGGGGUCACCGUCGAGCAACUGCGCACGAUCUUCGCCUUCUGCGGUGUCGUCACGGACUGUCGCAUCGCGAACGAGAAGGCGUUCGGGUUCGUCGAGUACGCGACGCACGAGCAGGCGCUGGCGGGGCUCGGACUCAACGGCCUCGCGUUGGAGGAUCGACCGCUGCGCGUGGAGAUGUCCAAGACUGUGCGACAGAUCAAGCCCGGGAUGCCGCCGGUGAUGAUGCCGCCCGGGAUGGUCCAUCCCGGGCUGGACCCCGCGCUCUCCGCGGCGGCCGCGAGCGUCGGGCUCGCGCAGACGCCCGCGGCGGCGGCGGCGGCGGCGAUGUUGCUCAAUCCGAAUCUCACGGCGCAGCAGCAGCAUCAGGCGCGGACGCUCGCGGCGCAGCAGCAGCAGGCGAUUCUGUUGGCGAACGCGGCGGCGGCGGCGGCGGGGAAGAGCGCGGCGGAGCGCGCGGCGGAGAUUUCGAGGCGGCUGAACGGCGGCGGCGACGGCGGCGGGUCGAAGUCGCGGUCGAGGUCGCGGUCGCGGUCGCGGUCGAGGUCGAGGUCGAGGUCGCCGAGACGCGGCGGCGCGCGAGGGUACUCCCGCGACCGCGGUCGCAGCCGCAGCCGCAGCCGCGAUCGCCGGCCGUACGACCGACGGAGCAGGAGCCGGAGUCGCGACCGCGGCGGCGGAGGAGGAGGAUCGCGCCGAGGACGACGCCGAGGCGGUCGGAACCGAAAAAACCGAGGGAAGGACCGGAGGGGGCGGGACGCGAGCCGGGACAGGGCCGCGAGGGAUCGGAGCAGGGAACAGGGCGGGGGCGGGCCGAAGCAUCUGCGCGACCUGGUGGAGGGGAGCGCGAGGACGCGGUCGCCGUCGCCCGAGCGCGCGAGGACGAAGUCGCCGCCGUCAGAUCGCGGAGAGGCGGCGCCGGCGCCGGCGCCGGCGGCGCAGCCGGGCGGAGAGAAGCCGGCGGCGGACGUCGGCGUCCCGCCAGGGAUGGGUCUCGACGCCGCGCCCGCGGAGUGA